AUGUAUUUAUCUCAUCUUAAUCACUCCACUGCUGAAUCUGGUAAGUUGGGUUUUCUUGUCUUAAAUGAGAACAAGGGCUUUUACUACUUUGAGUAUAAUAAUGAUGAUGAUGAUAUUAGAAGGAUCAAUAUAAUUUUAACCCCUCCAUUUAAAUCUUCUCAUUAUAUAGUUGUUGGGUACUUUAAUGGUUUAGACUGUCUAUAUGGAUACCAAGAUUAUGCUUAUUAUAUUUGUAACCGCGUGACCAGAGAAUAUGUUAUGCUACCAAGUAUUAAGAGAGAUUUUGGUGAUCAGCAUUUUUAUCACUCGAGCGGAUUUGGUUACCUUCCUUUGACAAAUGAGUAUAAAGUUGUUGAAUUGUAUAUAUUAAGUGAAUCUAAAUUUAUAGAAGUUGUUGUAUAUACUUUGGGAAGUGGCAAUGGGCGGAGAAAUGUUGGUAGGUUGGAAUUUAUGUGUCUAUGUUAUGCUGACCCUGUGUAUGUAAACGGAGCUGUUCAUUGGCUUGAUUAUGUGAAAGGCGGGGUUUUGGUUUUCGUUUUGACUGAGGAAAAGUUUCGUCAACAUCUUUCACCACCUCCUAUGCCAUAUGGCGGUAUGCCUUAUAGUUUUAAUAAAACUAUAGGGGAGUUGGGCAGGGUUUUAUAUUAUGGUAUCAACCUUGUCAGAGUACAUUUUGACAUAUGGUUACUAAAAGAGAAGAAUGAUAAUCUUGAUAUGGAAGAUCAAGUGGAACACGAGCCAUUGGGAUGGAGGAAAGAGUUUAGCCUUCCCGGAAGAAAACCAUUAACCUUUACCAAAAGUGGCGGUGUUUUAUUUUCUGAUGAUAAAUCACUGGCUGUUUACGAUGCAACAUCUUCAACCUCGAAGAAGCUCCUGGAAUUAACUUUAUAUUUAGGUAUAUUCCCUCACAAGAACACCUUAGUUUCGUUGAAAGAAUUAGGAGAAGAGGAGAUACAAAUAAUGAAGUCGGAUGAAAUUGAGGAACAGAAAGCCUUGAUUUCACGACAGAGCAGCAAAUAA